GUGCGGUGCGGGAUGUGCGGAGUGUGCGGUGCGGGGUGGGCAGCGCGGGGAGCCGGAGGAGCCGCUGCUGCCCCUUGGGACCGGGCGUCGACGGGGACAAAAACGGCCGGGCAGUGUGAGAGUGGAAGGUGAACAUUUCUGCAUUGGGAAGAAACUUCUGCAGCAGCAGCACAGGAUGGUCAGGCAGCCUGCUUGAGCCCAGAGCUCACCUGCAAAGCUCUUGCUCUUCUUGAUAUAAGAGAGAAUGUGUGUUCCCAGACCAGCCUCUUUCUGACAUACCUGGAACUGCUCCCCAGCAGGGAAGACUGCACUUGACCUACCAUGCCUCUCUCACUGCUUCAGCCAUACAGGUCACAGGUGAUGGCGUAUCGUGAGGAGUUUGACCACUACUCUUCCCUGGCCAAACUCAUGUCCAUCUACCACACAAGCAACAGAACCAUCUUCAACUGGACAGAGAGCCGCAUUGUUGAGUGGGAGAAAUUUGCUGAGCUGGCUAAAUAUGAGCCAGAAUCCCAGAAACCAACAGUGAAAGCUCUCCUAAUCGUGGCAUACUCGAUCAUUAUCAUCAUGUCUCUCUUUGGGAAYGUGCUGGUGUGCCAYGUGGUGCUGAAGAACAAGAGGAUGCACUCAGCCACCAGCCUCUUCAUAGUCAACCUGGCCGUGUCAGACAUCAUGAUCACGCUGCUCAACACACCUUUCACCUUGGUCCGGUUUGUGAACAGCACAUGGAUCUUUGGAAAGGCCAUGUGCCACAUCAGCCGCUUUGUGCAGUACUGCUCCCUCCACGUGUCCACACUGACCCUGACGGCCAUCGCUCUCGACAGGCACCAGGUCAUCCUGAACCCUCUGAAGCAGAGGAUGUCUCUGACAAAGGGAGCACUGAGCAUCUCUGUUAUCUGGCUGAUGGCAACCUGUUUCUCSCUGCCCCAUGCCAUCUAUCAAAAGCUUUUCCAGUAUAACUACAGGGAAGCCACUGUCCGGAGUCUGUGCCUCCCUGAUUUCCCUGAGCCUGCAGAGCUGGUGUGGAAGUAUCUGGACCUGUCUACUUUUAUCCUUCUUUACCUUCUGCCUCUGCUGAUCAUCACUGUCACCUACAUGCGCCUGGCCAAGAAGCUGUGGCUCCGCAAUGCCAUCGGGGACGUCACCACGCAGCAGUACGUCAUCCACCACAGGAACAAGAAGAAGAGCAUCAAGAUGCUGAUGCUGGUGGUGGUGGUCUUUGCRGUCUGCUGGUUCCCCCUGAACUGCUACGUGGUGCUCAUCUCCAGUCUGGGCAUCAAGACAAAGAACUCGCUCUAUUUUGCCCUGCACUGGUUCGCCAUGAGCAGCACCUGCUACAACCCCUUCAUCUACUGCUGGCUGAACGAGAGUUUCCGCACGGAGCUCCGGUCCCUGCUGUGCGUGUGCCAGAAGGUGCCACAGGCUCAGGAGCAGGAGCUGCCACCCAGGGCUGUGUCCUGCCGUGAGGCGUGGCUGGAGCAGGCCAGGUGCAGGAAGGGACCUGCCUCCCAGGCCAGCUGCUCCCCCAGGAACCCCUCAACAGCCAACACGGACCUGUGAGCCACGGGGCUAAGGGGGGUUAUCCGGCUGGGGGAGGCAUCAGAGGGCAUCUCCCAGUGUCCCCUCAGGAACCAGCAUUGCUGCUCUGCUGACUUUGGCCGGUCUCACUGCAGCCCCUCCUCUGYUUGGCAUGGUGGGCACACAGCCUCUCCAGCACUUUCCCAGUAAAACCCAUGCUGCAGCUGGCCCAGGGACAGGAAUAUGUACAGGGGACAUAGACCUUCUCCAACACGGUGACCUGCUUUCAGAUUUUCCUUUUUAUUGCUAAGAGAGGGAGUAGACCUGGGUUUCUGUCACUGGCCUAAGUCACUGACCUGUAACAUGCCAUAACAUGGGGCUCUGCACAUCACAGGAUCCAUUAUAAGUGUUUGAAGGAAGGCCUUGGACAUCCAGAUGAACUCCAUCCACAGAAGUAUCACCAGAUAGUAUAGCAAAGCCUCCCAGCAGAGUGAGAAGGAACAGGACAGAAGGGAAGAGAGUCGUUGCUUCAGGCCACUUGACCCCAGCUGGGCACCUCAUCUGUGCACUGCAAUGCACACCAGAAGAAGACAGCAGAGCACGAGGAGUGGCAGCAGGGAUGGUUGAAUACUUGGUCCUUGAGAGACGUUGCUUGGAGCUCAACAAUCACUGAAUUUGGGAAUUCAAAGCUGCCUGUGCUGGGUGUCAGCGCUGUCCUCGCUCAGUGUAGAGCAGGGUUUGUUUUCAGUCAUAAAGUAUUGUGAGUUUUUCAAAAUGUGAAGAUAAUCUCCAAUUAAUGAGCAUCACUUCAUUUAAUUAUUAAGAGAAGCUAUCAUUUGCUUUUUUAUUGUUCCUCACCCCUCAUUAGCUUUUGCUGAGCAGCUCUCUAACUGCCAUAUAUUGUCUUUCAUAUUUCUUAGCUUUGUUUUCCUUCCUUCCU